AUGAUGGUGGAAGGUUCGGCAUUUACUCGAAACGAUGUUUUUCAAAUGGCUAUACGUGUGGCUUUUGUGUCCGCCGUUACUUAUUUCUCGAUAAAAUGGCUUGUGAAUCAGAUAGAUCCGACGUCCAAGAGUCGAAAGAAGGCCGAGGAGCGAGCACGCGAGCAAUUACGCAAAGUGUCUUGCAGAGCGGGCCUCUCCGGACGGCAGUCGCUGCAGCUGGACAAGCUGUCGGACCACGAGAUGAUCAUUGCUUCGCAGCUAGUUGUACCUGAUGAGAUCACUGUGAACUGGAAGGAUAUAGCAGGCCUUGAUCACCUGAUCCAGGAGCUUCGCGAGACUGUGAUCCUACCCAUACAGAAGAGGAAAUUGUUCGCCGAUAGCCGUCUCACACAACCGCCAAAGGGAGUGUUGCUGCACGGUCCUCCAGGCUGCGGCAAAACGCUGAUCGCAAAAGCGACAGCAAAGGAAGCCAACAUGUCAUUCAUAAACUUGGAUGUGAGUCUAUUGACGGACAAGUGGUAUGGUGAGACGCAGAAGCUGGCUGCGGCCGUCUUUAGCCUCGCCGUUAAGCUGCAACCUUGCAUCGUUUUUAUUGACGAGAUCGAGUCGUUCCUGCGCACGCGCACGCAGCAUGACCACGAGGCCACGGCCAUGAUGAAGACGCAAUUCAUGUCGCUGUGGGACGGACUCAUUACGGACCCUACCUGCACCGUCAUCAUUAUGGGCGCCACGAACCGGCCGCAGGACCUGGACAAGGCCAUCCAGCGGCGCAUGCCGUCCACCUUCCACGUGCCCAUGCCGAACGCCGCGCAGCGCGAGCGCAUCCUGCAGCUCAUCCUGAAGGCCGAGCCCAUCGCCAACGACAUCGACUUCGGGCGGCUGGCGAUGGCCACGGAGGGCUUCUCGGGCUCCGACCUGCACGAACUGUGCCGGCAGGCUGCUGUCUACCGCGUGCGCGACAUGGCGCGCGCCGAGAUCGCCCGGCAGGCCGACGGCGAAGACAACGCAAAUGACGACACCAAUCAAUCGGAUUCCGACGAGGAGUUCGUGGACGCAAUCCGACCAAUCACGAUGGAAGAUCUGCGCAUGUCAUUGGCCAAACUGAAAGAGGCGAAAAUACAGUGCGGUUCGCUCGCGCCCUCUAUGAGGUUAGACCUCGACUAAAGUAGCUACGUAGCCACAGACGAUGUAGUUUCCCACUGCACAUAGACGUGGGCCACCCGUACCUGCGGCCGGACGUGCUGACCGCAGUGCUGCGCGCUCUCGUCCGCCCCUUCUCAUCGGACCACCCGCACACUUAAUAUAUCAUGCUAUGUCUAUAUUGUAAUUAAUCAUUCACGUAAGUGCCGUGACGGUGGUGACACAGUUAAUUAACGUCAAUAAAGGUGUUCCCUCAUCUGGAUUCAAGAAAAAAUAUAUUCUUUAAGACCUAGAAGUUCACGCUAAACAGCAAAUGUGUGUGACGUUAGUAGACAGUGCAACAACCGUCGCUUGCUUCAAAAUGGAGUGAUUUUCUGAAUUCGGCCACAUAAAGAAUCAAGGUUUUCAAAUGCUGCGUACACGCCGCCACCAGUCAAAUCUUAAAGUGAACACGGCGCAUAAAAAUGGAAAUCGUCUACGUAACGCCUAAAGGCUGUCUACACAUUGAAUUUCGCUAUGAAUAAAUUCAUACAAGCCAAGUAUAUGUGUGUGCUGUGUACAAAAAAAAGCGUCCAACAAACAGAAUAUAUUAGUAUGCGCACGCGACUUUUCUUGAUGGCGUUUGCAAUGUGUUUUGACUGGCCACGUACGAGCGUAAUACGCAAGCACAUUUUUCAUUAUUGUCACUAGCCUAGGGGACUAUACCUCAUCUAACUUCAGAAAUGUGUUAUCAUGAAGCCAACCUGAAAACGAGCGGUGUAAAUACAGCCGAAACGCCAUCUCUUUUUGUUUUUAUUUUGUAACUUGUUAUUGUUUAUAUUGUUAGCAUUGGGUGCUGACUCUGCUCAUGAUAUGUAACGUUUUAAAAAUGCAAAUACUUACGAGGACACCAUGUGUGCAUAUAAGUACGUUACCAUAGAGUGUUUUUUCUAUAUUUUUUUUGUAAAUAUUCUCAGUUGUUAUUAUCGAUUUGUAUUUAUUCGUACAUUUUUUUGCAUAUUUAUAUUGUUGCAUUAAUAUAGAAAAAAAUACAAAUGUUUUGUAGAAUGUAGAUAAAUGGUGACUAUGUGAUGGAAAAAUGUGUUGUAUUUGUCCGAUGAAACUUAGUUCUUAAGGGUCAAUUCACACUCGUAUGUGCUGAUCAGUUUGGCUCUAAAAUGGGCUUUUGAACUGACAUGGACAGCAAAAAGCUUGACAACAAAACUUGUUUGCAAUGUAUAACUGAGGUUUUAUCGGACUGUAGUUAUAAGGUAUAGCGAUUUGGGGCAAAAUGAGCUAGUAUUAAAAUUAAUUUAUUGCACCAUAACGUCAUGAUGUGUCGGUAGAACGAAGCAUUCUUGGUUAAAGAACUUGGUGGGAAUAGUUUAGUAGUUAAUACCUACACACUGUUAAGUGGGAUAUGUAGAGCAGGCAGAACAAGUUUGUG